AUGAGUAUCCUUCUCGCUCACACCUCUUCCAACAAUGGAUCCACCACUCGUGAACGCUCUCUCUCUUCUCUCUCACAAAAUUCCUCCUCACUAAAUUAUGGAUCCAUCGAAAGCAGUCAGGAUGAUGCAGCCACAAUCUUUUCGAAACAUGUUCAUUACAAUGAUGAUGAUGAAAAUAAGAAGGAAAUUAUUUCACAUCAUUUGGAUACUCCUAUUAAUCAUUACGCGGUUCAGAGUUUGAUCGAUGACACUCGACAAAGACAACAACAAGUGGAUGAUGAUGACGGAAUGAAUCGGAGAUCGAGUGUGAAUAAUAACGAAUAUUAUUAUGUUUAUCAUUCAAAAGAUUCUAAAAAUGGAAUGAAAUCAAAGAAUGCACUUGUGAGAGUAUUGUCCUUCUGUUAUACCUUGACUUCAAAUAUUGGAAUUGUUUUGACAUUUGGCAGCUUGUUAAGAUUUCCCUAUAUUUCACACAAAUAUCAUGGAGGUGCCUUUAUCAUUCCAUAUUUUCUCUUAUUAUCAAUUAUUGGAAUACCAUUAAUUAUUCUCGAUUACUCACUUGGAUACAUCUCUGGAAAGAGUUUUCUCUUUUCACUGGCAAGAUGGAAUCGACGAUCGAGUGGAAUUGGAAUGGCUUCAUGCAUUCUUGGAAGUGCGAUUAUUUCAUCGUAUUAUUCAGUGAUUACUUCAUGGCUUGGAGUUUAUUUUGGAAAUAUAUUUACAGAUCCCAUGCCUUGGUCUGGAACUCCAGAACAUUUUUUCAAAACACAAAUCCUGAAAAUUAGUACCAAUUCGUACGAUAUUAGUGGAUUUCUGUCGUGGCCUGUAUUGGUCGCUCUCGCUGCCUUUUGGUUCCUCAGUUAUUGGUUUCUAUUUUUGGAAAGUGUGAGUAAGGUCGUGCGGUGGUUUGCCUCACUCUUUAGUUCUAUUUAUGUGCUCAUGUUGUUGGUGAUUUUCAUUCGAGUGCUCUUUGAGGUGGGAUCUGGAAUUGGAAUUUUACAAUUUUUAAAACCUGAUUGGAUGUUAUUGACAAAGGGAGAUUUAUGGUUAGGUGCAUUUGGUCAAAUAUGUUUUACCUAUGGCAUUUCGAAUGGCUAUCUCACCAUGUAUUCCUCUCAAUUCAAGAAUGGAAACAAAGACCUUGUCUUUAACUCUUUCAUGAUACUCUUUGCAGGAAUUCUCGUUUCAGUUAUUAGCGGAAUUUCUUACUAUUCUGUUUUAGGAUAUUUAGCUGUCACAAGCAAAACUCCAGAUGAAAUUAAUUCUCAUUUUCAUGCUGGUAUUGGGUCUCCAAUUUUUGUCAUGAUUGAAGCUGCUACCACUCUAUUUCCAAUUCCUCACAUGUUCACAGUGGUUUUAAUAUUUUCAUUGAUUUUUGUAGGAUUUAAUAGUACUCUCUAUUUUUCAGAAGCAUUUAUGAAUUGUGUGCAAAAUUUGAUACCACGAAGAAACACUCGAAGAUUUGUCAUUGCAUCGGUAGUGUGCGCCGUUUCAUUUUGUUUUGGAAUUCCAUACACGUUAUCGAAUGGUUAUUAUAUUUUGGAAAUUGUGGAUCAUUAUGUUGGAAAUUAUGGAAUGGGAUUAAUUGCCUUAAUGGAAUGCAUUGUGAUUGGAUAUUUUUCAUCGAAUCCAGAAGGAGGAACCAUCAAAAAGUCACCUUUCAUGGCAAACCAAAUGAGUGGAAACAAUUUGAAUAGUCUUCAAACCUACGAUUCAAAAUCUCCAUUUACUCUUUUCAAAUUUAUUCGAAAACGAUGUUCCAAAUUCUCACAACAUAAAUCUUGGAAAAAUUUUAAGGGAAUUAUUUGCUUUUCGGUGGAUUCUUUCAGAGAGAGAAUUGAAAGAGACACAAAAAUUGGUCCCUUUCUCGUGUGGAGUAUAAUUGUGAAAUAUUUAACACCAUUGAUUUUAUUUGUACUUUUAAUUUGGAAUUUAGUGAUAGAAUCCAUUCAUCCAUUUUCAUCUUUUAAUGAUCAAUCCAAGUAUGAUGUCUUGUCACUUGUCUUGGGAUGGUUGUUAGUUGUGGCCUGUCUUGUAAUUUUUUUGAUUUUUGCCGUUUGGCCUUCCGUGGAAGAAAAUGAAGAAGUUGGUGGAGAUGACAUGAAAGAAUUUGUGAGUUCCUUUUCCAAAGAAGAUUUAAAACAACCUUUGAAUAUUAACAGUAGUGGAGAAGAUUCAAUGGAAGUAUUGGCUGCUGCAGCCAUUGAAGAAGAUCAAGUCUAG